AUGGGCUUGUAUACCAAGCUCGCGGACGACAUCAAGGAGGUGGAUGUCAUCAUUGCGGGAGGUGGAACGGCCGCUUGUAUCAUUGCUGGAAGACUUGCUGAAGCUGAUCCAAACCUGUCAAUCCUUAUUAUCGAGGGCGGUGAAAACAACCACAAUGUCCCCAGCGUCGUCAAUCCCGCAUUCUUUUUGCAGCAUCUGCUGCCAACGAGCAAGACGGCUCUGUUUUAUAAGGGCAACAAGUCUCGACAGCUCGGCGACAGAGAACCCAUUGUCCCGUCUGGUGGCAUGCUAGGGGGUGGUUCAUCCAUCAACUUCAUGAUGUACACACGAGGUCAGCGGUCCGAUUUCGAUUCGUGGAACACGAGUGGCUGGUCCGCAGACGAAGUCUUACCGUACAUGAAGAAGCUCGAAACCUACCACGGCCCUGGUAACAAAGAGCUUCAUGGACAUGACGGUCCUAUCCACGUGUCUGACAGCACUUUCCGCAACACCAGGUCUGAGAGUGACUUCAUCCAGGCUGCCGGACAAGUCGGCUUCCCAGAAAUUGAGGAUCUGCAGGACUUGGAUGCCAAUAAUGGAAUUCAGCGAUGGCUGCGUUACAUCUCGAAGGAUGGCAAGCGCCAAGACACCGCCCACACAUACCUUCACCCCAAGUUGCAAGAUGGAAAGCACCCUAACUUGCAUGUCGUUGUUGAGUCGCAAGUUAACCGAGUCCUCUUCGAGGGCAAGAGAGCAGUGGGCGUUGAGUACCGGCCAAACCCUGCAUUCCAGGCCAGCAUUGGUCUGACACAGACUCCCCUCCAAACCGUGAAGGCACGAAAGCUUGUGGUCGUCUCGUGUGGUGCCUGCGGUACGCCGCCCGUUCUGGAGAGAUCCGGUGUAGGCAACCCAGAGAUCCUGAAGCGCGCGGGCGUUCCCGUGGUUGAAGAUCUACCUGGUGUUGGUCACGACUACCAAGACCAUCACUUGACUCUAUACCCAUUCAGAACCAGCCUUGAGCCCGGCGAGACCAUUGACGGGAUACUGAGUGGCCGUGCCAACGUUGGCGAGUUGGUCGAGAAGAAAGACCCCAUUCUUGGAUGGAACUCGAUUGAUAUCUCCUCUAAGCUGAGACCCACAGAGGAUGAGGUUGCCGCGAUAGGCCCAGAGUUCAAGAGUGCCUGGGACAAGGAUUUCAAGAAUGCCCCUAACCGCCCUCUCAUGUUAAUGGGACUGGUUUCAUGUUUCCUUGGUGACCCUGCUGCCGUGCCCGCUGGACAGUACGUUACUGUUGGCAAUUACACGGCCUACCCAUACUCCCGUGGACAUAUGCACAUUACCGGUCCUGGGCUGGAUGACCCGCUCGACUUUGAGACUGGCUUCCUGAGCGAUAAACAUGACAUCGAUCUUAAGAAGCAGGUCUGGGCGUACAAGAAGUCUCGUGAGAUUAUGCGAAGAAUGAACACCUAUCGUGGCGAGUUGGCCCUUGGCCACCCUCGGUUCCCAGAAGGCUCCAAGGCCGGAUGCGUGGAGAUCGAUGCGCCACUGGGCGAGGUCCAAGACCUGGUGUACACGGCCGAGGACGAUGCUGCUAUCGAGCAGACUGUGCGCGAGACUGUCGCCACCACCUGGCAUUCCCUGGGCACGGCCAAGAUGGCGCCGCGCGAGGAGAUGGGUGUCGUCGAUGCAAACCUGAACGUGUACGGCGUGCAGGGUCUCAAGGUUGCUGACAUGAGUAUCCCGCCUAAGAACCUGGGCGCAAACACCAACAAUACCGCCUUGAUGAUUGGCGAGAAGGCUGCUGACAUCAUCAUCAAGGAGCUGGGACUGAAGGCAUAA